AGUUUCCUCUUGACUUCUUGACAAGACGACCACAGAACACAAAAGACGACGCUUUUCCAUCGCUUUUCCGUUCCCUUUUCAGAUUGAGCAUAACCUUAAAUCUUAAAAAUUUUCCCAUCUUUUUAAAUUUUUAACUUUAUUCGUAAUAAAAUUACAUUUUGAUCAUUUUUGAUUGAUCAAUCAUCAUAGAAAUUGUCAUGUUAAAAUGACAAACUUCUUAAAAUCAUUCUUUUUAGUCGGCCAAUUUAACAGGCUUUGUCUAACAAAGCGUACGAACAAUGUAAUAUUCUUGCCCAGUAAUAUCGGACUUAAGCAAGGACCUAAGGCGACUCUAGAAACUUUGGAAAUACCUGAAAGACCGAAGCGAUCUUUAACAGCUUAUAUGCAAUUCGUGGCUGAGAGGCGACCUAAAUUAUUAGCCAAUAAUCCUCAGAAAAAACUAACAGAGGUCGUUAAACAGAUAGCCGAGGAAUGGCGCGAAGCUCAUCCCGAAAUAAAGCAUAAAUACGAAGAACUCGCUAGAAAGGAUAAAGAAAAUUACGAAAAACGGUUAUUACAAUAUAUGAAUAAUCUAACAGAAGAACAGCAGGCUGCUUUGAAAGAAAUUAACAGUAAAGAUCGAGCUGCUAGUAAAGCAAGACGAAUUAAAAGGGAACAAAGAAAGGAGGAUAAGCCCAAGAAACCUCCGCCUGCUUACUUUUACUUUGUAAUAGAACAUGCAAAGGGAGAUAACAAACAAAUACGUGAACUUUUGAUUAAGAUGAAAGGUGAAUGGGCUAAUUUGACAGAAGUCGAAAAAGAAAAAUAUAAUGUUCAAUAUGCCGAACAUAAAAAACAGUAUGAAAAAGAGCUAGCUGCCUGGGAAGAGAAAAUGAUCUCAGAGGGGAAAAAACAACUUGUCAGACGUAGAACUCUAAAGGAUAAUGCUUUACAUAAGAAGAAAACACGUAAAGUGAAGAAAAGCAAAUAGGGACGCGAGUGUCUUCACUUCAAAACAUCCAUUGAAGCCUCAUUGGGUGAAGACACUGUCUUAAAACAACUUGAAACAACUAAACAAUGUACAAAUUCUUAUAUACCAAAUAAUGUUAUUGGUUUAUCUGAAGAAACUGACAAAAUAAAAGAAACUUCAACACAAGAUAAAGAAAAAAUAAGACCAGUGGAGGAGCCUCUUGAAAAUAAAGAUGUAAAACCUAAUAAUAAUAUUGAUAAAACCUCUAACAUAAAAUCUGAAGAUGUUU